CCUACUUUCAUCCCACCUCCUUGGCGGUCGCUGUAAGAACAGAAGCUGUUGAACUUUCUGUUCACUACGGCCCAUCAUGCUCGGGCUAAGUGACGGAAGUUUAAGGUCCUCCAGGAUGCUAGCUUUUGUCCUGGCUGCGAUUUUGCUGAAUAGCCCAGCUCCAGUGGUUUUCGGAUUGAAAACCACGCCGGGUUCACCCUGUACAGAUGUGUGCGGUACAACGGCCAACACUACAUCUUCCGAGAUUGCGUGUUUGGAUCAAUCGUACAAUCAAUCAUCAGUAGGGAAAAGUUUCCAAAAAUGCAUCUCUUGCCAGUUGGACAGCAAGUUCAACGAUGCGAACACUGGAGAAUCGGAUGUGAACUGGGGACUGUAUAAUCUGCGCUACGCCUUUUCGACCUGUGUGUUUGGAUCUCCAGACUCGAUCUCAAAUACCUCGUCUCCCUGUCCAGUCGCAUGCGAUGGUGUGCGCUUAGCAGUCGAAACCAACAUUGAAGACCCAGAUACAUCGAACCUGAAUUCGUGGUGUGACACUCCGUCUUUCGCAGAUAACGUUGUCAAUACCUGCGAGUUCUGCUACAACUUGACAACCACCCAGGUGUACAUGGCAAACUGUACGUAUGCCCUGCAGCCCUUCCUGUACCAAUAUGAUAUCAGCAAAUCCAAAGAAACCACAACUAACCAUUAUCCGAAUCCAGUUCUCGAGUCCAUCCGCUACAAUUGCCACUUCAAGACAGCAACGGGCAAGGCAUUCGAAAUAGCCCCAACAAGAAUCUUCACUCAAUCCCUCCUCCCCUCAAGUCUCUCUCUCACAACGCCCGUUUCCAAAGUCUCAAAACUAGAUCUGGGAGUGGUGAUCGCCGUGCCAAUCGUAGGAUUUUUAAUCCUCGUCGUGUCACUCGCGUUGUGUUGCUUCUUCUUCAUCCGGCACCGACGCAAGAAGACCCGUCGGAACCGCCACACGGUUAACCCGUACAACCACUGGAACGGUGCAUCGCCGAUCAGCCCACAGCAGCAGCAGCAAGCCUGGGCCGAGCAACAGAUGUAUAACUCUGGCGGGUAUGGGCACGGGUCUGGUUUUGGCUUCGUUGAUAAUGACGGCCGUGGACAAGAGCUUGCAUAUGGCCACCAGGACCAACAUUAUCAAAACCAACAGUACCAGCAGCACUUCCAGGGGCAGGAUAAGUCGGGUUUUUCACAGGAUAUUAUUGAAGAGUCUCCUCAGCAGCAGUACCAGCAGCAACAGUAUACUCAACAACAGUAUCAGCAGCAGCAUGGUCAAAUCCCUGCUCAAAUAUUUGAGCCGGAUCAAAAGGGUCAACAUGGUCAGGUACCUGUUCACCCUCAGACCUUUGAUCCAGAUCAAAAGAACCCUCAGCAGUGGCAAUGA